UAUUUCUGUGUCGGCCUGUCACCGUGGCCAUCCCCCUUCCAUCCGGAACUCCCCCUGUUCCCCAGUGUACCUGGGAGGUAGAGGGGAGGGGGGUCGGGCCCCUCGCCCCUUUGGCAGCGAGGAUGGUUCGCGCCAAGCCUGACACUGCACCGCCUCUCCGCAGCCUCGGGCGGUGGCCCAUGGAGUCGGGGCUGCUGCGCCCUGCGCCGGUGAGCGAGGUCAUCGUCCUGCACUACAACUACACCGGCAAGCUCCGCGGCGCCCGCUACCAGCCGGGCGCGGGGCUGCGCGCCGACGCCGUCGUUUGCCUGGCCGUGUGCGCGCUCAUCGUGCUGGAGAACUUGGCUGUGCUGUUCGUGCUCGGACGCCACCCGCGCUUUCAUGCGCCCAUGUUCCUGCUUCUGGGCAGCCUCACAUUAUCUGACCUACUGGCGGGCGCUGCGUAUGCCGCCAACAUCCUGCUGUCCGGGCCGCUCACGCUGCGCCUGUCGCCGACGCUCUGGUUCGCAAGAGAGGGCGGCGUCUUUGUGGCGCUCGCCGCCUCGGUGCUGAGCCUCCUGGUUUUCGCUUACGCCAAGGCCUACGUGCUCUUCUGCGUGCUCGCCUUCCUUGGCAUCCUGGCUGCCAUCUGUGCGCUGUACGCGCGCAUCUACUGCCAGGUGCGCGCCAACACGCGGCGCCUUCGAGCUGCUGGGGGCUCCUCGCACGGGCUCCUGCGCCUCCCUGGCUGCGGCCGGCGGCCCGGGGGCCGGGGCUCGGGAGCCUCCCAGCGAUCCGGGAGUGCCGCUGGGGCUUCGGACGGCCUGCACCACUGGCUGCCCCCCAGCCUCGAUGGCAGCUCCAUCCGCUCUGAGCGCUCAUUGCCCCAGCGGGACGGGCUGGACAUAAGCCUCUCCGCCGGCGCACCCACAGCCCCAGGGACCCGGGUACCCGCGCCAGCCGCAGAAUGACCCCCUCUGACCGGCCAUUGCCCUUCCUAAGAGCUGUUUCGCAGACGUUUUUCUUUUCUAAAUAAUGGACUCGAUAGGAAACCCAGCCGAAGAUGGUGGAGAAAGAAGACGCAGGGAAAGGUAUUUCAUUGGCUGGUGUGAAACCCCACAACAGUGAACAAAACUGACAAAAACCACACUCUUUGUGGAAUUGACGUCCUGGUGGGGACACAGGAGAUAAGGGCGUGAAGAAAUCAUGGAUAGUUCCCGUGACAAUGGGUGAUGUGAUGGUUUCAGGGAAGGCCUCGCUGCAGAGGUGGUGACAUGUGCUGUGAGCUGAGACACGACUGAACACCUGAAGCAAGAGCGUUUCCUGUGAGGGGACAGCAGGUGCCAAGGCCCCGAGUGGGAGCGUGCACACAAAGGCCACAUCACUCAGGGCCCGUGGGCUCAGGGGAGGACUGUACUUUUGCUCUACUUGAGGUGGGACCCAUGGAGAGUUCUCGGUGAGGGAAGGGCUUGACUUGGUUCCGUGUUCACAGAUCUCUGUGUGAGGCAAAGGUGGGUGGUAGCUGGAAGAACAAGGUGGUGGCUGCACUGGCCACGGAGGGUGAUGAUGGGGACCCUGACCACAUGGGUUCUGGAUAGAUUUUGGAAACAGCAGACUGAAUUACUGAGGAAUUGAGUGUGGGAGCGAGAAAGGAGACCAGCACAGCUCUCCCUCCAGCUUAGAGGCGAGAACACCAAAGACAGGGCACCCGGCAAGGGGACUCUGGGAGACUCAGCCAAUUCUGAGCUGAAACAAGAUGUGAGCGUGUGUCAGAUCCUUCAUAAAAAAUAAAAAUGUAAUAAAAUAAUACGA